CAAACGCGUCGUUGUACGGCACAGUGCGGCAGUAGUCGUUUUGCGCAGUCAGAACAAGGCCAUGAAACAGAGUACGGUAAACGCGUUCAACGUGGUAGGCUGCUCUAUGCGAGGAAAGCCCAUGGCCUGAUGAACCAGGCACGGUACGAAAAGAAAAGAAACGAAACGAAAAGAAAAGAAAAAGACAAAAAGAAAAGCAACGUCCAAGUCCGUCGUCGGUCAUGGAGCCAUGCGGCGGUGCUUUUCGACUCUUUCGUUGCGACGAGGGAGGGGUCGGGGUCGACGCGCACUGGGGCUGGACUCUCGUCGUUCUCCUCGUCGGCUCAUGGGCAGCAGGCAAGGACCUUCGCGAAAUCUUCCAGCACGCGAUUGCGUUGCGUAGUUGGUGUGCGAUUUCGACUGUCCAAUCGACGGAUUAGACAGUCGAACUUGCGGGAUCAGUCGCCGAGAUGGAUUGCGUUUGCGGUAUCGGGAUUAGGUUUUCGUUUUGAGAUUGUUCACCACUGAGAAUCUUCAAGACGCGGUGGUUUUGGGAAGCAAGACCGAAGGUGGAGGACUUGGAAUUGCAGUCCUUUUGUAUUGAAGAUGACAGACAUUUGACUCCAUUGAACGUCCAUAGAUCGGAGAGAUUCAGUUACGUCGAUUUAGUCCUCAGCUUUUGUGGCCGACCCACAAACUUUGGUUUGUGGUUUGGCCAUGAAAGCUGAAGACCAAAACGACGGCUAGUACGGCUUCAGCUUUGGAUCUUUGAGCUUUGGUUACGAAGCCGAUGACAGCGAGUGAAGAGUUCGAGCAGAUGAUGAGAGAAACUGGUUACGAAGCCGAUGUGAUUUCCUGCAUUCAAGCUGAUGAGUUCCGAAUGCCAGGGGCAUAUGCGUUUGUAGGGGCAGGGUUUUUAGGUUUUUCCUAUAGUCGCGGCUUUGAGAGAAAGGGCUUUGCGGGGACGCUGUCUGCGUUCUUUGGUCGUGACAAUAAAAGGGCAAAAGCAGACGAGUAUCAAUGGAAUAACAUGCGCUACCGAGACGUGAGUCAUUUGUGUUUGAUAUUGGGCUUUUAGUAGCUGGAAAAAGCUCUCAUGCGGCAUGCUGCAGAAGAAAGAAGCUUUGUCUGUGUUGUGCGUGUCGUGCGUGGUAUACGACUGACGACGAGUUGCAUGAACACGGGGAGAGGAGGGGAUGUCAGGGUGUCGAAAAGUUGGCUAUGAUGGACCUACGAAACGAGGAGUAGCUUUCUCUAUCGCUCCUUUUUGAACCAGAUUGCCCUGUCUAAUAAUCCACACUCAACACGAUGGGAAUGUUCGUGCAAGUUGAUCCAUUGGCUACUACAAGACGAGCGUGUCCGCAGGACAAGUGUUGGAUUUGCUGUUGAAAAACCCCGCUCUGACUGGAGACUCAGGUACGAUGGACUUAUACGACGGGAAAUAGGGUGAGAAGCUAACAUGGUUUCUUUGGGCAGGGUUUUAAUUUCAGCUCGAAUUUGUAUCAAUGCCAGCAACGCGACAGGCUAACACUCGUUAUCUGUGUUUUCCGGCCACUCCUAACUCGGGCCUGUGCUCGGUGAGCGCCUUCUAUAUCUCAAUGCAAGUGAGAGGCUGUUUUCGUGGUAGUCAAUGUUCUUGCCUCGUUUUUCAGAGGUCAUCAUGCAAGGUAGAAAAUUUGGUUUUUGAUUUUCGGCAGCAAGACAAGGGAAGAUGACAAUCCCGUCCAGAGAUUUGAGUAUGACCUGAAUACCCUGAAACCUACCAUUGUUUCGAAGUAGCAGGACUUCGUGGUAAGCAGUGUUCUUUCGCUAUGGUAUCCAAUUCAGUCAGUUGUCAACGACGAAGGUAUCAAGCAUCUUGAACUUCACGAGGGAAGUCAGUACAUGCUAAUAAACAGGACUGAAACAGCGAUAUGUGCCCGCGAUUAGAGAGAAGUUCUGGGGGUUUGGAUUUCAUCUCUACAACUGAUACGAGGACGAGUCGCGAUAAAAAAAAAACAUCAAAAGGAUCACUUGAAGAAUGAAAGAGAUUCAAAUCUUUCCUGUUCUGUUGAGAGCAUGAGCAUCGAAUCUCGUCGACAUCCGGAAGGAACGCCAACCGAUCGAGGUCCCUCUUGCGCGAACUGCCUCGAAAUCUCCUGCUGUAUGAGAGCUUCAGUGCUUAAUCUUCCGCUGCAUUUCACACUAUGAAGUGCAGCAGGUUUUCGCCAGAUUGCUAUUUUCUUACAAAGUUCAGGAGACCCUGAAAAGACGUCUAAAGAACUAUAUGCUUCAUGCGGGUCAGUGGAAGCCGUCACCCUCUUCAGCAAAACGGACUGUAGGAGAAGGCCAAGGAAGCAUCGAUCCCUCUGCGGACGAACGCUCCAAGACAACAUCUGCUCCCAGCGUUGAAAACGGAGCGUGGUGGACAUUAUGAUGAUGUCUUUCAUCCCUCUCUUGAACAAUUCUCGCUGCUAUCCACACUCACAGACAACGUGAGCAUCAGGGCAGGAGACUGGAAGCAAGGUAACGGACCCUGAUGGACAGUUUUUGUCACGUUUCACGAAACGAGCAGCAGAAAUGGCGACGAGGUGAAGGUGCCGCAUCGCUUGGGUUGGUUUCCAGUCACACCCAAAACUAAAACUCGCACAGAGAAAGAGAGAGAGAGAGAGAGAGAGAGAGAAUAUGGGAAAAAAUUCCUCCAAAAUAGUUUUUAAAACAAAAUCCAUUACAUUUCGUCGUGUGUUGAACCAGAUCAAAACCAAGAAAACGAUUGUCUUCAUCAAAGAUUUCCAAUCGGAGGCAAGUUGCUUCGGACCGCAAGAGAUGUUUCUCAGCAUGAUCACUGCCGGCCUUCGUCUGGCCUUUGCGGUCGAUUUCCGUUGCCUUUUGACAAUGCGGGGUGCGUUGGGUACGCCACUACUCGCGUGUUGGCCGUUGGUUGAGCCAUACCGUCAGCUGCUCAGCAACGUGCCCACUUCCCUCGUCUUCAUUGCUCAUUCGUCAGGAAAUUCGGAGCAAAUGAGAAGCCUUAAUGCUCACGGUGGUCAACCGGAUCAUAUAAUAGGGAAGAUUCCUUUCCAUUAAAGAAACACCGGUGAGCCUGCCUGACUAGAUCCUCAAAACUGGAUCCCCCGAUCCCCCAACCCCUCAGAGCACUGCGCCAGCACCAGCACCAGCCCCGGCACCAGCAGCAUUCACAGCACAAGCAGACGUGUGCGCAGUUAUGGGACGGAACAAGAGUGCUACCUUCUUAUUUAGUGCGCAACCCAGUCGGAGGCAAACCGCUCAGCCUACGAACUGCGGCUGUACACACGUACAAGCCAUAUGCUCUUGACUCGACCAUUUGAUUCGAGCACCAUAAAGCUUUGGGUGUUCUUCUGCUGUUGGUCACUCGAGUGCUCAGCCGACAGGACUUACGUGCAGCUCCUACAGCUACGCUUCGCUUGUUUUCUCGACUCAAAGGCCUUUAUUGACCGAGUACUGGGUCCUGGGUCCUGCGUCCUGCGUCCUGGUGGUUUGAAGACGUCCCACUUCAAAUAGCGUUUGUCCAUAGCGGAGGUUCAUAGAUGAUUUUCUCGCCUGAAUGCACACACAUGAAACGGAAAGGUGGGGCUAUAAAAAGGCCAUAAAAGGGGACGGAAAUGUGUAUCCCAUGCAGAGGGCGUGAGCAACUUCUUCCUAACUAGCUUUGUCAAGUUGGGCUACAGUUGCUGAGUGAUUGAAUGCCCUUCGAGGGCAGGCCUAUUAUGUAUUGAGAUUCUGUGAUCCUACUAUCCCACGAAGAACAGAAGGUCUUUCUUACCCUCAGCCUGAGUUGCGCUCAGGUGAUGAAGAGUUGUUCAAUAGGAGAGGACUAAGAUGAGCGAGCUAUGUGGAGGCGAGUUGAAGUAUCAUGAGCUUCAGAGGGGCUUGAGUUUUGGCCAGUGCCUCCGCCGGCGGGUCUGCCGCCAUCGAGGGCACCGGAUCGGUUUUGACCUGCCAACUUGCGAGGGUUGAUUUAUCAUCCAUCCGUCGCUUCGACACAUUAUGAACCAGACGUGGUAGAAUGAGCCCAGGGAUCCUGGAUUUUCUCCGACGAGUGGGUAUACUUGUCAGCCUCAAAGGCCACCAGUUUCUGAUUCAGAGUCACGUCUUGCUCUCCGGCAACAAAUGUAAUUUUGCAAACAGAGCCCACAGUGUUCGCUUCUCCCUCGAGAGUCUCCGAGCGUUUCAUGAGCCUUGUGUCCCAAUUGUAAAAUGUUUGCCAUAUCUCCUGCCAAGGCCCAAAAGUUCUCAACUGGAACUUUCAGCUUCACAGACCCUUCUCAAUGCCACUGUUUCACGAAGGUGGCCAUCUCGCUGCACAGGAGAAUGAAAACAAUGCUCAAUGUCCCAAAAAGCAGCAAUGAAAAAACUGCCGAGAUUCAGUGUUCUCACCAUCACAAAAGCAUGUUAGUGUAUGAUGUGUCAACCUUCAAUCUGCAACCUGCUGGGUUAUUUCUUCCACCUCCUCGCUGGACAAGGAACAUAGGAAACUUAUGUUCACAUUCAGAUCCAACUGUCAAGGCUGUCAUUUUGUCAUUUCAACUGUGCCACAACAUGAAACAUGCGAUAUCGUGUAUUAUUAUACUCUACAAUUCGUCCGGCUACAAUGAUUCUCUAGAGAUUCUGGAGAUGCUCUCAAUUUCGAUAGGGAGGAAG